AUGGCCACUACUGCCCGUCAGACCAAGGGGCCCAGGAAAGGUGCCCCGGAGCCAGCGAAUGCUCGCCGUGCUUCUGCGUGGGGGGCGGGCGCUCGCGCUUCCCCCACUUUCUCUCCAGCAAAUGCCCCAGGUCCUCGUCAGCAACAGUCUGCCCAGGCUUCCGCUCAGCAGUCUCCUGCACCCGCCCCAAGCAACAAUGCACCUACACUACCGGCCAGCUUUCCACCUCUAGCUCAAAACCAAUCUCAAUCUCAGGCCACCCAGCCCAGGUCAGAUAACACUCCUACUUCCCCGCGUGACCGUGUUCUCCAGGCGCUUUCUGGUUUGACCGGGACUACUAUCACCCUCGUUACCAAGAAUGCCCAGCGAUUUGAGGGCGUCAUCUCCUCUACUUCAGCCGAAGGAAAUACCAAUGGCGUUACACUUAAAGAUGUUAAAGACGUUAACAAUCCAGGAGCACCUCUCAAGGAUACGCUCUUCAUUGCUUCUACCGACAUCGACACAUACACAUCUGGCCCAGCGGAUGCACGUCCUACCAACGGAGAUACUUUCCGCACAGAUACAGAUAUCAGUCAAAAGAAAGUUCCAACAGGGAGGCCUGAGCGUGAGCUUCAAGCGUGGGUACCCAGUGGUGAACCCACUCACUCCGCACUGGGCGACGAUGACACGUUUGGGCCAUCGGCCAACGGUGCUACAUCUUGGGACCAAUUCUCUGCCAACGAGCAGCUUUUCGGUGUCAAGGCUAGCUUUGAUGAGGAUGUGUAUACUACCAAACUCGACCGCAGUGCACCAGACUUUAAAGAACGCGAAAGGAAGGCCCAGAAGAUCGCCAACGAAAUUAUUGGAGCUGCUACGAACAACCCUCACAUCGCCGAGGAGCGCGGAAUUGUUGACGAUUCUGGUAUUAACGAGGAAGACAAAUACGGUGCUGUUGUAAGAGGCCAAAAUGCCUAUGUCCCGCCAGGCGCUCGUGCCAAGGGUGCUGUCUCCUUUAUUGCCCCUGCCGCUCCUCCUCAAACAGAGGCUAAGGCGGAGAUCCCAAAAGUCUCUGUCAAUGGCCCCGAUGGAACAUCCAUCACGAAUGCGCAAGCUCCCUCGCCGCCAUCGUCCAAGGCGGCAUCACCAGCGCCUGCUGGUGCUACCAAGCCCCCAGCGGAUCCGAUUCCCGCUUUCCGUGAUUUCGUGAAGGACGAAAAGCACAGGUUGAACCAAAAGCGCCAGGCACUUGUCAAGAGCGAAAUGGACAAACGAAUGGCAGAGUUGGUCAAGUUCAGUCAGAGCUUCAAGCUCAACAAACCUAUUCCCGAUGACCUGGUACCCAUCUUAGCCAAAGAUGAGGAGAAGCAAAAGGCAAUCAAGGAAAAGGCCAAGGCAGAUGCUGCAUCUGCCCAAGCCCGCGCCAUUGGCCCAUCUACACCUGCUACAGCAUCAAGAGGUUUCGCUGUCGCCGGCGUAAAGAUCUCUGAUAGGAAACCAGUUUCCCAGGCUCUUGCUGGCAAAGGAGGCGCCGCUGGGGGCCUUAAUGGUGCCAGUUCGAAUGCCUCGUCGGCCAACAUUGCCGCGCAAAAGGUCGUCUCGAGUGGACAGACCGUUGCGUCGGCCUCGACCUCGGCGGCUGCUACACCAGCCCCUGCUAAAGUUGCCUCGUCUUCGACAGGGACCAAGAAGAUCAACAUGGUUAUUCAGAGCAUUCCUCCGUUCAAGGGUGGGCCAAAAGCAAAGGCUGCCGCCCCAGGCGCCAGUCCAGCGAACGGCACCGCCACUGUGGCCAGUCCCGCGCCCAACGCUCCCGCCGCCGCCAAAGCCGGUCCAUCUCCCACCCUCAAUACCAACAUGCCCAAAGGCCCGAAUGCGGCCAUGUCUCCGCUCUCGCCCAACACCGCGGCAAGACUGAACGUGAACGCGUCGUCGUUCCGCCCCAACCCCAAGGCAAAUGCCUUCAAUCCUGUCGCUGCUCCAGCGAAGAAUGGUCCUGGAGCAAAUGGAGCGCCCAGUGCCAAUGCUAGUGGUGCCAGCGGUACUCCCAAUUCGUCCAAGUCCAAGUCGGAUUCGGCGCCUGCUACUCCCAAUCCCUUCUUUGGAACUCGGAUUAUCAAGAAAAGUACACCUGUACAUGUCAAGGAUGAUUUCAACCCCUUCAAGCACAACAAAGUCGUCGACGCGGCUCAAGUUUCGGCGUUGUGGCCAUAUAGCGGCAAACGUUACAUGCAAAUGUUCCCUGCCCCUCAGCAUCCACCCAACCCACAUCCCGGCCAUAUGGUCCCUCCCAUGCCACCCCCGAUGCCCCCGCCAUCCUACGAGGACUCGGCAGCGCAGCAGGACGCGACGCAGCAGCAUCGCUAUGUUUACGCGUAUCCUCCUUAUGGUUAUGCCCCUCAACAUAUGAUGCCCGGAAUGGCCCCUCCUGGACCCCCAGGUGCAUACAUGCCAGGGCCCUAUAUGCAACCGAUACCUUACGCUCCAGGGAUGCCUCCUCCGAGUGCAAUGUACUCUCCUGCUAUGGGGCAAAUGCCGCCACCCGGAGCUUACAUGCAACCACCUCCACCGGGCGCGUACCCGCCCCCACCCAACGGUGCUGGGCCACGGCCGUCGAUGCCGCCGACUCCAAUUCCCUCGCACGCUCAUCCAUACUACCACCAGAGCCCGCAAUUGCAACACGCUUAUCCCAUGAUGAUGCCGCCACCCAAUAUGCCACCCCAUGGCUACGAGGGCGGUCCCGCUCCGCCCGUCCCCAUGGGAGGACACGCUUAA